ACAUGCAGCUGCAGGCCAGAACACUGAGGACUGAGGUCAGUCUGCAUGUGUCGGUUCCCUGCUCCUCCACCAGGUGGCGGUCCAGGAUCAGUGUCGGUACCUCACGUCUGUGACCUGAUCAGAGCUGGAGCUGAUCAGACUCCUGCUGUCAGCUGAUCGGACUUUCUGGACUUCAGACUGAUGUUUCAGUAACAGACCUGCUCACAGCUGCAGGAGGGUUUCAUGUCUCAGUGAGAAGACGUCGACUUCCAGCAGCUGGAGGAGAGAAAUCUUUCUUUUUACUUCAUCAGCUCUUUGUUAAAACCUCCUUCAGCCAUUAACAAGAUUUUCUGCAGUUUUAAGUUGCUGAAGCUUGCAGAUGCUCUUCUUUUAUGUUUGGUGUGUGCUCAUUACAGCUGUAGGCAGCGCUGGUAAUAAGCCGCAGAGCCGAGGAUGCUGGGAAAAAUCCUGGAAUUAAACCCAUCUGUCUCUGGACAGCGUGCACAUGACAACACAGCUGCUAUCAGCUGCUGAGGAUGGAUGCUCGGAUCUUCACGCUGCAUGUCCUGACACUCUGCUGCCUCGUGCACGGCUCCCUGCAGGGCGUCUACCAGCGGCGCCUCUACAGAGAGCUGAUGAGGAACUACAACCCGUUAGAGCGACCGGUCAGCAACGACUCCCACAGUCUCACCGUCCACUUCAGCUUCAGCCUGCUGCAGAUCAUGGAUGUGGAUGAGAAGAACCAGGUGCUGACCACCAACAUCUGGCUGCAGCUGUACUGGACAGAUUUCUACCUGCAGUGGAACACGUCUGACUUUCCCGGCGUGGCCAACGUCAGAUUCCCCGACAGCCAGAUCUGGAGGCCCGACAUCCUGCUGUACAACAGUGCUGACGAAAGGUUCGACGCCUCCUUCCACACCAACAUCCUGGUCAACUCCACCGGCUACUGCCAGUACCUGCCUCCAGGGAUAUUUAAGAGCACCUGUUACAUCGACGUCCGCUGGUUUCCGUUCGACGUGCAGCGCUGCGACCUGAAGUUCGGCUCGUGGACGUACGGCGGCUGGUCUCUGGACCUGCAGAUGAUCGAGGCGGAUGUGACCGGAUACAUCGCCAACGGAGAGUGGGACCUCGUAGAGGUUCCUGGACGGAGGAACGAGCGUUUCUACGACUGCUGUAAGGAGCCGUAUCCCGACGUGACCUUCACCGUGGUGAUGAGGAGGAGGACGCUCUACUACGGACUCAACCUCCUCAUCCCCUGCGUCCUCAUCUCCACCCUCGCACUCCUCGUCUUCCUGCUGCCGGCCGACUCCGGAGAGAAGAUCUCGCUGGGUAUCACAGUGCUGCUGUCUCUGACCGUCUUCAUGCUGCUGGUGGCUGAAAUCAUGCCGGCAACGUCUGACUCUGUUCCUCUCAUAGCUCAGUACUUUGCCACCACCAUGGUGAUUGUGGGUCUGUCGGUCAUCGCCACAGUUCUGGUUCUGCAGUAUCAUCACCACGACCCUGAUGGAGGACACAUGCCAAGAUGGACUCGUGUGAUCUUGUUGAACUGGUGCGCCUGGUUCCUGCGGAUGCGUCGUCCCGGCGAGGCGAAAGUACGCCUGGCGUGCCACAACGCCGCUAAGCGUCGGCGCGGCAGCCUGUCCAGCCUGGAGCUGAGCGUCAGUCAGGGCUCUCUGCGACAUCACCCGCAGGUCACCAACGGUAACCUCCUGUACGUGGGCUUCAGGGGCAUGGAGGGGCUGCACUACGCCUCGCCGGCCGAACCCGAGCUCCUCUGUUCACGGCUGGUGGGAGGGGAGGAGGACGUGCUGAGGGCGGGGGGCGGAGCCGGAGGAAGAGGAGGCGGAGCCGCGGUAGGAGGCUCGAUCCUGGAGGCGGAGCUGAACCAGAUCCUGGAGGAGGUGAGGUACAUCGCCAAGCGUUUCCGCGGCCAGGACGAGGAGGAGACGGUCUGCAGCGAGUGGAAGUUCGCUGCAGCGGUGAUCGACCGCUUGUGUCUGGUGGCGUUCUCGCUCUUCACCAUCCUGUGCACCAUCGGCAUCCUCAUGUCGGCUCCCAACUUUGUGGAGGCCAUUUCCAAAGAUUUCUUCAGCUGAGGAGGAGGAGGAGGAGGAAGAAGAGGAGGAGGAGGAAGGAGAAGAAGAGG